AUGUUAAGCUACCCUGUAGCUGCUCUGUCCAAUCUGCCAGCCUUCUCCGCCUUUCAAGAUGUACUCCCGCAGGAUUCGACUUGUGCUUUGAUCUCGUAUCCAGUGUACCGGCGCUCGCCUUACUGUGACCCAUGUCGAUGGUCUCCAACGGGAUGGCCCGCUUAUCAAGAGAUGUUCCAAAUCAUGCUUGGUCAGGCUGCCGGGUCUACCGAAGCGCCCGUCUUCUCAAUUAACCUUCUUCAUGAGCGCAGCAACGUGAACUAUCUCUUUAACAUUAAGGUCCUCCGGGGACGCCACAUAGAGGUCCAGCAUAGACAACAACGCCUGCUAGUAUUUCAUCUUCACAACCCUUCAAAACAUCCCCUCGAUGGCGAAGACACAGUGUCGAUGAACGUGCGGAUAGCGAGGAGAAUCGGCGACUGCUCUCGUCCGCCGCCACCGCCGCUUAUGGUUGCAAGGAUUGGUGCUGAGGCUGCUGAAGUACGGGUUGCUGGUGCAGAGUUGCUAGGGCAGAGGGAGGACGAGGAUAGCUGUGGGGGUGGAAAUGCUCUCCGAGGGGGCCGUGGUGGCGGACAUGGCGGAGGUCGAAGGAAAGGUCGAGGCAAGGGAUCAGUCGAAGCGAAGGAGAAGUUCGGAGCCGAGGAAGAGUUGGAAGGACAGGUAGAGGGAGACGCGGAGAGAGACGUGCAGAGAGAGGUCAAGGUUGAGGCCGAGGCCAAGUUUUCCACACAAGGCGGAAGAACCAAUGAAAAAAGACGGAAGAAAAGUCUGCCAAAAACAGAGCGUCCAGAGCCAGUUGGACAAGUUUCAAAUAACUCUCCGGCCCGAAGGCCUAAGAGAGGGUGUCCUUCGAAGUCAACUCGCGAUAGUGCAAUGCGAGCGACGGACUGGUGCUUCAUACCCAAAGGCAGAGAGCGCGUCCAAAAAGGACCGGUUCCAAAUAUUCCCCGGAACGUAUACACCGACGGGAAUCUGCCCCUCUCUGGGCACCUCUCCUUGACGCAAUGUCCCCACUUGGCCGGUCGGGGAUACCCAGUGCUUCUGAGGCGAAGACAACCGUUGUUCCCCCUGCCUUUGGUCAGCCGCUGUGGUUACUCGGCUCCUCCCUUACGGAGUGCUUGCACGUGUAUACACGCAUCCGCACCCCCCGAGUAA